UGGCGCGCGGCUGAGGGGCUUCGAGUCGGGGCCGGGGUUGCGCGGGACAGUAAAGGGGAGUCAUCUCUGCCAUGUCCUCGCGGGGGCAGCCGGGCCUGGGUCGCCACGCGCAGGGCAUCAAGUUAUCAGCAGAGGUCAAACCGUUUGUCCCAAAAUAUGCGACGGUAACAGUGGCAUGGUCAGAACCCUCAGAAGCAUGUGUCUUGCCUAGGUACUUAACUACAUGCUACCCAUUUGUUCAGGAACCAUCUAUGGAUAAGCAACAUGUGUGUACUGAAGACGUGUCCUGGGAUGGCUCUUCAUCUCUCUCUCAAAGUACAUCUCAUAGUGUUAUGAGAAGUGCUUCACUUGGUGAAUACUCCAACUCGCCUUACUCAUCUGAUGUUGCACCAAAUGUAUAUCCCAUAGCCAGCUCACACCAUGAUCAUAAUGACUCUAAAUACCACAGUCGUUCCAAGAUAGCUAAGGACUACAUUGAACAAACGUGUCCAGUCAGACAUGGGACUAGGAAUAUUUCUAAGAGGAGUUCUAAAGAUGAUGAGCAGAAAUUGGAUAAGAAAAAGCCUGAAGGAAAUGACACAUUUGACAAAAUGGCAAAUAGAAGAUCUCUUCAAACUUCUGCAUAUGGCAGAAAUUCUUUGAAUCAAGACAGGUGUAAUAAAUUUAUGAACAGGAAAUCAAAGCAGGUUCCAAAAAGUGAAAUUGUUCCAAAACCCGCCUUUCAAGUUACCCUUUCGGAUUUCCCCGAGUUGCAGAGUUUAGGAAAAAAUAAUGUACUGGACCUACCAAAACAUAAACGUGGGCCAUCAAGUCCAGUUGAAGAUGAUGUUACGCUCCCGCGACGACCACUGACAGGGCAGACUUCUGCAUUGGGGACCACAAGGGAAGAAGCCUCAGUGGAUAACAAAGCUGCAGUAAAAACCUUGACUAACAAAGAAGCUGGUUCCGUUUUCUCGUCUUUUGAUGCUAGAACAGUACUUCCUCAAGCAUCUGCAAAGAGCUCCACUCAUUCACAUUUCUCUUGGGCAACUAUACCAGCACAACCUCCAAAAACAGUUGUUUCAACACCAGCUUCUGAUGUUCUAUCCAGAAGCCAUUCUGACAGCAAAGAAAAACAAGAUAUUCGGACAAAUAGUAAGAAGCUGACUUCAUUUAUUGUGGUCUGUCAACAGUCAGAAACAAGAAAUGAUGCUAGUGAAGCUAAGCCUGAAGAAGUGUCAGAAAAGAAGAAGAAAAGGGAAAAGAAGAAAAAGAAACCAAAACCAUCUUCUGAACUUCAAAAUGAAAACAUCAUAGUACAAGCACCACCAAGAAUUGAGGAUGCUGAAGAGUUCCCUGACCUGGUAGCUGCUUCUGACGAAAAAAGCAGGAUGAAAUCUCAACAUUCAGCUUGCAUUUCCCCUGGUAUCAUUGUGAAGCAGUAUGAAGUACUUCUGGCCAAAGAUUAUUACGAUAGCCAUCCUGAAAAUGAUUCAACAACCCCUAAGCUGCAUAUAGCGGGAAGGAAACAAGCUGCAUCUGCUACCCUGGAAAGAAAGAAAAUGCAGGAAACUUCUAAGACCAGUGGUAAGAAGAGUCAGAUUCCAGUCAAGUUGGAUUUGGGAGGUAUGCUGGCUGUCUUGGAGCAGAAACAGCAAGCAGAGAAAUUGAAACAGUCCUCCAAAUCUGUGGUGCUUUCAGUUGGCGGUGCCAUACCACUUCUUUCAAAGGAGGCUAACAUGGUUACAAAAAAUCAGCAGUUGAACCAAGGAAAAACACCUCAUAAUCCACUGGACUCCAGCGCUCCUUUGGUAAAAAAGGGAAAACAGAGAGAAGUCCCCAAAGCAAAGAAACCAACACCGCUUAAAAAGAUUAUUUUGAAAGAGAGAGAACAAAGGAAGCAACAGCACCUGUUAGAACAGGCUGCGAUUCCAAAAGAUGAAGAUACUGUUCAUCAGUGUGUCGAAUCUUCUGCUGAAGAUCAGGCUCAGGAUACCAAAGCAGCUAUUACAGAAGAUAUUCCUGUAACGUCCCUUGAUGUGAUUCAAGACAGUUCAGAAGUACUUCUGGCAUGUACAGAGCUCAAAGAUUCAAGCAUAAGUGUUCCCACUGUAAACCAGCUGAACACCAAUCUUCCAAAAAUCCACAGCAGAAGAUUUAGAGAUUACUGCAGCCAGGUGCUUAGUAAAGAAGUCGACAGUUGUGUGACAGAUCUUUUAAAGGAACUGGUUCGUUUCCAAGAUCGCUUAUAUCAGAAAGACCCAGUAAAGGCCAAGACAAAACGCAGGCUUGUUAUGGGGCUUCGAGAAGUUUUGAAGCACCUGAAGCUGAAAAAACUGAAAUGUGUCAUCAUCUCUCCCAACUGUGAAAAGAUUCAGUCAAAGGGAGGGUUGGAUGAGACUCUACAUACCAUUAUUGACUGUGCUUGUGAGCAGAAUAUCCCAUUUGUCUUUGCCCUCAAUCGCAAAGCUCUAGGGCAUUGUGUGAACAAAGCCGUGCCUGUCAGCGUGGUGGGAAUUUUCAGCUAUGAUGGUGCUCAGGACCACUUUCACAGAAUGGUGCAGCUUACAGUGGAAGCCAGGACAGCAUAUAAAGCAAUGAUAGCAGCAUUGGAGGAAGAGGCAGCUGAAGAAGGAAGUGAAAAAUGCAACAGCACUCAUGAAGAGAGUUUGCCAGAGACCAGUAAAGCACCCCAUGUGGAAUCUGAUGAUGACGUUCCAAAUUACAUACAAAAAGAAAACCCAGUCAGCAGAGAGAACAAGUUUGCAGCCAACUUAGUAUGGUAUGAUGCUCUUAUUCUGGGCAAGCAUGAUGGAGAUGUUUGUAACAGGGUCUAAGCUCUUGAACAUGGUAGUUUGAAGAGCAACUAAAAAUCACUGAGAAACCAGGAGGGAAACACUCCUCUCCAAACUCCUGGGAAGAGGACUACCUUUCUGUCUAGGUACAGUUUGUUUCAAGAAGCAGAUGUCAUAUCUGAAGAACAUGUGGCAACGCUUGCACAGAACUUGAAUUCUUUGUUGACCUGCUGCUGAAUUUACAGAAUUGCAACAAUGAAAAAAAAAUGUUGCAGUCUUAUCAAAGACGAAGAGCUGCACACGAAACAGUGUCUGUGAAAAACUAAACAUGUGCAAAAAGAAAAAUAUACAGUUACCACAGGACACACAGGAGUAUAAAAAAAGGCAUCUAUCUCUAAGUGGUAAAAAUUAAAAAAAGCCCACAAGGACAGCUGACCUGUCUAUAAGGUGAAACAGCCAAUAUAUGCAUGACCCAUUGCUUCAAAUGUGCCAAUAGUAAGUGUUUACAUAACAGCUAAGUGGAUCCCAAAAAAAGGUCUUGCCAAAAGGCAGCCAGCUAAGUCUGCAAAAUAAUUAAACAGCAAAUGUUAGAAAUCUAAAGCUAGGAGUUAAGAGUUAGUAGAAUGAGGCCGCUCCCAGUUCGUGGGCUUAUUGAUUUAAAUUCACAUUAACAGUUUGAUUACAUCUCACAUCUCGUAUGCUGACUUCUUAAGUUUUAAGGUAAGUUAAAAAUUCAGUCCCAUAGUAUUUUAGGGGCAGCUUGUAAAUAAUCACCGUCCAGAAGCAAUUGAAGGAGAAAAGAACGUGCAGCAAAUGCUAAAUUGUUGUGCCCUAAAGGGAAUAACAGAAUGUCUCCUAUCACCUUGGCUUGAUCUCCAGCCAAAGGGGAUUAAUGACUGUUUUACUUUUGUGGACUAGUAGUCAAUAAAAAGUGCUUAACGAAGGGUGAUGGCUGGCCAUGGUCCAAGGGGAGAUCUUUACUGCAGAACAAUCCUUAGAAUAAAAGUUGGAGAACUACAGCUGGCUAAACCUUGCAAUUUCCAUCUUAUGGGAAAACUAAUUCCAAAAGGUCUCUUGAAAAGUUCAAUUACUCAGCUUUUCAGCAGAAUUGAAAACUCCAAAUAGUUCUGAUUUGGACAUGCUUCAUUUGACAUUCUUGAAUUCAACUGCUCCUACUUCCUCCCAACAAAUCCUUCUGAGCUGCUAUGUAGUUGGGUUCUUCUAUCCUCCAUUCUCCUUUUUGGGCUGGGCUCCUUGGCCAGACAUUUGUGCCAUAGUCACACACAUCCUCUAAUGCACCACAGAGGUUCAAGAAGACAGACUGCCAUCAGGCAUUGUGGGAAAGAGGAUCCAACUAGGGUACCUGGCCUAUGGAGGAAGCCAAUUCCCUUAUGCUCAACAACAUAUUAAGGGAGACAAUAGACAAUUAUUACUGCAUGGUGUUGGUGAGUAAAAUCUGAUUACCUUUCAAGGACAGAGGUGCUAAUUCUGAGAUAGGAGGUUGUGAAGUCCCCCUGCAGCUAAAUUUGAUAUCCAGUGUCCCCCCCCCCCCCCCAGCCCCUACUUUAGCUUAAUUUUUCUGUUAAAAGUGACCAGUUAACAAUUUAAGAUAUAUCCUUACAAUUUAGUGUUACCAACAUCUAGCAUGGAAGAUACUGAUACCUUUAACUAUUGUUCAAGUUUAUAGACUGCUCAAAGCAAACUGAAUUUUAUUAGUAGAUGUUUAGGAUUCUAAAUCCAAAAAGAUGACAAAGCCAGUAGGAAAAUACAAAUCGCCCAAGCAAGGGACUAACAUUAGAGGGGUGGGGAUGAGGAGGGGAAUGCAACUAGGUUACAGAAAAUACUACAUUUGAUUCAUAUUCAACAGUUUUUGUUUCUCAUACAAGCUAGACUUUUUAAAUUAAAGCUCAAAUUCUACAGCACAAUUGUGUGACUGCAUUAUACAUGGUGCCCUUUUUAGAAGCUUUAAUAUAACAUUUCUUUCUCCAUCCAUAUAUCAUAUUAUUCUCCCCUGCCAAACACAUUUUAUAUUGAAUGUAGUGCUAGAGGAAACUCUAGUCAAGUUUCUUUUCUCUAAGACAGAGGUGCUCAAGGUUUUGGCCCUGGGGGCCAAAGAAAUGUCAUAGGAUGGGUCCUCAGGCCUGAUCAGGUCUCAUGCCACCCCCGUGCACCUGUAUGCCACCCCCACACUGUCCUUGCCCAGUCCUACAUGCCAGGAUCAGACUCAGGGCCCCACACUGGUCCUACCCAACCCUAUGCACCAAGAUCAGACUCCAGGGUCUUGCCCCAUCCUUGUGGGCCUUGGACCCUCUGCCACCCUGCACACCUAACCUGGCGUACAGGAUUAGGGUCUGUGGGGCUCCCCAUAGACACAUGGGGAGCCUUGUGGACCAGGUGACAUGGCGCCGGUGGCCAGUUCUGGCCCACAGGCCAGGAGCUGAGCACCUCAAUCUAAGGUAUCAUUAAUAUUUUCUGCAGAUAUUUAAACAACUCUGGCUAGAGAGUUGCUUAGGUAACUGCUGCUGCUUAGCAGCAAAGAACGCUCCCAUAAUUUUUAGAAGCCUCCACAACACGGUAGCAUCAAUUUGGUGGUUUAGCAGUGUUUCAGCCAUGGAACACAAUUUCCAUUCAGGGAGCAAGAGUCCUGCAGCUGCCAGAGGAAAAGACCUAAUUUUCAGAAGAAAAUGAAACAUCUCAUCCUCCACAUAAGAUGAAUAGUUCAGUGCCUUUAAAAGGAAAGUAAUGUAUUUUGUUUAAGUUACAACACCAAGUUUAUUUUCUGAAUAAGAACACGUUUGGCUUCCCUGUAUUGCUAUUUUAAGUUGUAAGAUUUCAAAUGUAAGAACUGGUGACACUACCCAGCCUUUAAGAAUAAGAUUAAUUACAUUCUUUGUCUUUACCUGCUGCCACAGGUGAAAGCAACUCCUUUUAAAUUUACAAAACUAUUUAAAAAAAGAGGAAACACAUGAAAAAAAGUUAGAGCCAAUGUUUACACAUACCAACAUCAAUUUAAGAUUAUGGAUCAUGCAUUUUUUUCUUCCUAUUUCUGCUGUUUAUCCUUUGGUGUUUCUCAUCUUAGGCAACAAACUAAACAUUCAUUAAUGACAUUCUCAACUCAGUAUAAUGUUUGGACAGCAGACACUGAAGGGAAUGUAUAUUAUAAAAACUGUUUCCACCCCAGCCUUUCAAUUCAUGGAAACAUGGCCUUCCAUUUUGUAAAAAAUAUUUUGGUCAAAUUCAGUCUAACGGUUUUCCAUGAAUAAAGAAUAUGAACAUGAAAAAAAUGCGUACAAAACAUGUCCAAAUCUAUUCUCCUAAUCAAGUAAUAAAAUUGUUUAAAAUAA